AUGGCGGGUAACGCCCCCGCAGGUCGGUUCAUGUUUGUCGAAUACUCGAAGCCGGUCGAACCGGUCAAGGGCGAGAAGAGGCGUCGUGGCGGUCCCAGUGAAGUGCGCGCGCACAUCACCAAGAACUACCACCGAGCAUUGAGAGUCAAGCGUCUCGAGGCUCUCAGAAAGGGACAAGACGGCGGCGGCCCGGUCGAGAAAUCAAAAUUAGAACCUCGCGAUGGCCCUGCACGGGAGACGAGCGAAGGGGAAACUCAGGAUGGCGAUGUCGCCAUCGAGGAGCACGAGGAGAAAGAGGAUGGCGAUGAAUUCUCCCCGCACAAACCAUACCCUACGCCUCCUGUUGACGAUGACCGCGAGGAUUUGGCCCUCCAGCUACGCAGCGCCCGCGGCCUUCAAUCGCUUCUCGGUGAGGGUCGAAUCGACCCAUUCGAUGCCUUGCCGGUGCAGGGCGUGCCGCUCUUCAUUCAUCAAGUUCUCGACCACGCCUUGUCCCACUCCUGGCCCAACACUGUGCCGGUUAAGAGCUCUCUUCAUACCAUGAACCCAGUCAAAUCCGCCUGGUUGAAGUGCGGCAUGGAGCACCCCGUCGCAUUCCACGCCUUUGUCUACGCGGCGUCGUAUCACAUCCUCUGCGCAUACAACGGGCGGGAGAUCAACGAGUCGGCCCCGCUCCUCCGUCUGUCGCACAAGGUCGAGACGAUAAAGUUGGUAAAUGAGCAGUUGCGGUCGCUCAGUCUCUCCUCCCCUACCAAACGGAAAGGGAGAGACUACAACACGACAUCGAGAGAAAGCGGAAACGGAGGCCGAGCUAUUAACACAACUACCGUACCCACCGAUGCGCUAAUCAUGGCCGUCACCAUCAUGAGUGUUCACAACACCAGGGACGAGACCGAAUACCCAAAAGUCCAUCCGUUAUCUCCCAUGGCCAAGGUUAACAAUCUCCACGUCUACGGCGCCAUGGUCAAUGAUGAAAAGCAUAUCCAGGGCAUCUUGCUACUGAUUAGUCAGAAAGGAGGCCUUGGUGGCAUCGAGCUGUACGGAAUGGCCGAUACAAUGCAACUGUGUGAUCUGUAUUUUGCCUCGAAAUAUGCAUGCAGACCGAACUUCCCGUGGAAUCGCCCCAUUAGGUCACUCGUCUCCACAGGAAAACAUAUCCUCGACCCCGUGGCAAUUGACUUGGAUUCCAAACUCGGCGCAGGUUUUCGGUACCUCCGUCAAAGUCCUGCUGGCCAGCAAUUGCUCGAGGUGCUGGAUGCGUACUCCGAGGUGACUGUGGCCUUGGAUCACCAUGUCCGUGGGGGUCCCACUGCCCCGGAGCUUGCGGAGCUCUCAGAAGCCCGCAACUGCGCGCAGCACCGACUCCUCUCUCAAAUGCCAUGCCCCUUGGAUUUGUCGAGCCCCGAACUGUGUGUCCAUCAUGCCGUGCGCCUGGGAGCACUCAUUUUCAGCGAGAUGGUUAUCUUUCCCCUGCCUCCCCCGCAAGGAGUGAAGCCCAGGUUGGCCCUGAUGCUGCAACAGACUCUCGAGGCCUGCGACCUUCUCGGCUGUUGGGAUUUGCACGGCCAGGUCUUAUUGUGGUCUCUCACGCUGGGCACAAUUGCAUCGAGCUUCACACCCCAACGAGCUUGGUAUAUUGAGCAGCUGUUACAGCAGAUCUUACUCCUACAAAUCCAGGACUCGUCCAUACUGGCAUUGAUUUGCUCCAGGUUCUUGUGGUGGAAGCCUGUUUGCAAUGAGCCGCUUCGGUGGCUAUGGGAUGAGAUAUUCCCACCAAGCACAAUAGAAGCCACUUGA